CCGCCACAUGAUAAAGCUGGGGAGCCAGCCGGAAGCAAAAUGGAAACGAAACCUGCCCUCCCUCCCCUCCCCCUUCUUCCUCCCCUCGUCUACCGGGAUCCUCCAUCCCUUGUUCAUCCCCAUCCCCAUCUCCCCUCGCUUCCCCAGCGCAUUUCCAAUUCCCAGGUGACAAGCCAUCUUCGCCAUCGUUAGCUACCCGACAUGUAAGCCACUGAGACGAGUAGGAGCUGUAGCAGUAAUUGACCGCUGGAAACUCGGUGAGCACCACCGGUACUUGUAACUCGGUAGGACUAGAGUCUCUCUGGACUGGACUUACUGCUCGCCCACCUAGCGGAGCGGGGUGGACUCCUGUCGCCAUGCAGUCCGGCUACGGCAGCGUCUCCGAGUUCCAGCAAUUCAUCAUGGAUGGCGGCUUCGUCAUGUCCGCGCCGCCGCCGCAGCAGCCGCCCCAGCCUCCUGCUGCAGCCGCGGGGCAGGAGCUGGUCGGGCCCUUCAGGUACCAGCCGCUGCACCACCACGCCCUGCCACCGCAGCACCACCACCACGCGCCGCCCAUGCCGCCCCACUUCGCGCACUUCGCCGGCGGCGGCAUACCCUUCACGCAGCAGCUCCUGCACCAGACCACCGCCGCAGGGCACCACCACCACCACCUCCAGCUCUUCCACGAGCAGCAGCACCACCACCAGCACAAGCCCCAGCCCCCACCGCCGCAACAGCAGCACCAGCACCAGCCGCCGUCGGUGCCGGCAAGGUGGGCCCCGCAACACCACCACCACCACCUCGGCUUCGACGUCGAGGCCACCGUGCCGGAGAGCUCCGGACCCAUCAACGGGAGCGCGGCCUCGGGUGGCGCCGCCCCUCCGGGCGUUCCCCCUUUCUUGGCCGCCGCCAUGAACUUCAAGCUGGCGGUCGACGCCGGCGGCGGCAGCGGCGCCACAGGAGGCACGGACGACGCCCUCAACGACGGAGGCGGCGGCGGGGGAAGCGGCAUGAUGCUUCACGUCGGGGGCGGCGGCGGCGACGACGAGGCGGCCACCGAGAGCCGGCUCCGCCGGUGGCCCGGGGACGAAGAGACCUCCAUCAAAGAACCCACCUGGCGGCCGCUCGACAUCGACUACUUACACAGCACAAGCAGCAGCAAGAGGGCGGGCAAGGAGAAGGUAGCCACGCCGGAAUCCCCCGCGCCGGCAGCUGCGGCCAAUUAUUUCAAGAAGGGAGACGACAAUGUGGCCGCAGCCGCCGCCGCGGUGUCCGCGGCCGGGGGCAACUACAAGCUGUUCAGCGAGCUGGAGGCCAUCUACAAGCCGGGGAGCGGUGGCACGGGCGGCGCCCAGACGGGCUCUGGCUCCGGCCUCACCGGCGACGACAAUGCCAUUCUGGAGCCGGUUGUGCCCGACCUCCCGGGCGCGGCGGCCGCGGACGCGCCGCAGCUCAACACAUCAGAUACGUCGGCCGGGGAGGACGCUGCGGCAGUGGUGCAGCCGCAGCCGUCAGCGGACGCGGCGCGGCGCAAGCGGAAACGGCGGCGGCAGGAGCAGCUGAGCACGUCCGCGUCCUUCUUCGAGCGCCUGGUGCAGCGGCUGAUGGAGCACCAGGAGAGCCUCCACCGCCAGUUUCUGGACGCCAUGGAGCGCCGCGAGCGGGAGCGCGCCGCGCGCGACGAGGCGUGGCGCCGGCAGGAGGCCGACAAGUUCGCACGCGAGGCCGCUGCGCGCGCGCAGGACCGCGCCAGUGCUGCCGCCCGCGAGGCCGCCAUCAUCUCCUACCUCGAGAAGAUCUCCGGCGAUUCCAUCACCCUCCCGCCGCCCGCCGAAGACAUCAACCAGGACGCCGCGGCCGGCGUCGGCAAGGAGCUCGUGCCCUACGAAGGUGGUGACACGGCGCCCGGCGGCGGUGGCGCGCUGCAUUUCAGCACGUCGCGGUGGCCGAAGCACGAGGUGGAGGCGCUGAUCCGGGUGCGCACGGGGCUGGAGGGACGGUUCCAGGAGCCUGGGCUGAAGGGUCCGCUGUGGGAGGAGGUGAGCGCGCGCAUGGCGGCGGCGGGGUACGGGCGCAGCGCGAAGCGGUGCAAGGAGAAGUGGGAGAACAUCAACAAAUACUUCCGCAAGGCGAAGGAGAGCGGCAAGAAGCGGCCGGCGCAAGCCAAGACGUGCCCCUACUUCGACGAGCUGGACCGCCUGUACUCCCGCUCAGGCUCUGGUGGCGUUCAGUCCUCCACGGCCGCCGACGCCAAUGCCGGCGCGGGCGACGACGCCAAGGCGAGCUCCGAGCUGCUGGACGCGGUGGUCAAGUACCCCGACGUGCACUACGGCCCCCCGGGUUUCGUGUUCGACAGGGAGCAGAGUGAGGCCUGCGGCGGUGGCAAUGAAGGCCAGGAGGACGCCGGCGACGACGGGAAAGAGGAUGGCGGCGGAGAGGAGGACGGCAUUGACAAGGGGAGAGCCGGCGAUGAUCAGGACGACGAAGUGGAGAGCCAUGGCCACGAUGAUCACUAGCUCGAUCUAACUCGGGUAGCUGCAUGCAUGAUGCGAUGCGAGCUGGGCGCCGACGUAGAGCGAGUUGAACGAGUAUUUGUUGUUUGCUUAAUCUGUUUGCUCUUUCUUGUUAGCUAUAUAUUACUUCACCUUCACUUCUCUUUACUUGUUGCUAGUAUCACUACUUCUCUACUCUAAUUAUAUAUGAUCUAUCAUCCACAAGAGAUUAGUUUAAUCAAUUUAUUAAUUACUGUAUGGGUUGAUCAUCA